CUUCCUGUUUGUGGCUGGGGUUGGCCAGCUAGCUUCACUUGGUGCUGCUGUUGUCUGCACUUCCAACUUGGGCUCUGCGGAAUGCCUCUCGCUGUGGGACUCAGGAAGCUGUGAGUCUGAUGAACUGUCACAGAUCUCCUGCCAGAUCACAUCAGAUCUGAACUUGGACACACAAGGACAAUGAGUAAAAGCCAGGACGCCUGCAGACCAGUCUCUUUAAACUUCACCAUCGAUAGCAUCUUGAAGUUAAACCCCAGAAGACCAGAUGUCACCAAGCCUCACAGAGGCUUCAUCGAGAGGUCCAUAGCAGACAGCAGGGAGGUGGACAGACAGAAAGUGGAGGUAGACGAUGAAGAUGAUGCUGGGGAAGAAAAUAAAAACAGAUUUAUUUUCCAAGCACACGGUCCUAGAACUUGCCUCCUUGCUGCCUCGCAAAGCCUUACCUACAGCACUGAGCAGGUAACGAGGCACAGAGACUUGCCUUGCAGGGCUGAAAGCCCAGACAGCCUGGAUGAUAGACCCUCUCCAUGCCCAGACAAAAUCACCAAGAAAAGCAAGCUUCUGGUCAAGAAGAAGACACGAACCAUCUUCUCCAAGAGUCAGAUCUUCCAACUGGAGUCCACCUUUGACAUGAAACGUUACCUUAGCAGUGCUGAGAGGGCUUGCCUAGCCAAUUCUUUACAACUCACAGAGACUCAGGUGAAAAUUUGGUUUCAAAACAGAAGGAAUAAGCUGAAGAGACAGAUGUCAGCUGAACUGGAGGGUCCAACAGUUGGGGAUCAGGCUGGGGACAUCUCAGAGGCUGUUGCCCUUCCAGUAAUUUACAAAGACAAUUCCUAUCUAAACAGAUGCAUCUUGCCCAUGUCAUUUCCUUUGAUUUACCCUUCAAGCACAAUUCCCUAUCUGUGCUUUCCAAAUCCUGGCAAAUACUACAGCCUUGCAGAUGGGGAUGUAUAGAGCCAAUUAAACCCUACUAUUAGCAUUAUUACAUUCAGUAGAUCUGCCUCAUUGUGAUAUAAUCCUGUCUGUGCAAACUAUAGCACUGCAGUGUAUUGCUGAUUCAACUGACUGCCAGGAUUACAUAUUAUCUCUCUUGCUAAUGUUGCUGUUGUAAAUAGCAUGUACACAUAUUUUUGUAUUCUUUGUAUGACUCUUUAUUUUUACAUAUCUAAUUUAAAUACGUCCUAUGCAAGCAUACUUUGAAAAAUAAAUAAAUAAAAGGGACAAUUCUCCUGUUUGAUAGUUGCACUUUUUAGCAUUUAUAUCAGCCUCAGCGCUUCUUGAACAGCUUUUUGUUAAACUGAUAGAUAUUUUCUACAAAAACACAGCUUAAAUCCAAUAUUUACUAAUAUUAUAAAUGAUCCAA